AGGGAAAGUUCUUCCCUCGGAAAAUGGGACAAGAACCGUUGGUAGCGAAUGCUGACUGGCAUUCCGUCGUCUGUCGUCUUGUGCUACGGUCGGCCGGUUGAGCUCGCCGACAGGACAUCAGGUUCAAGUUUGAAGGAAAUAGUGUUGUCAAGAAAGCAGUGCUUAAAAUGGUGCUUCGCUUACUCAUACUGCUCACGUUCGGUGGGACAGUUCUUGCCAGCCCAACACCGGCACAACCGUCCUGGAAGCCGGAAAUGGCACGUGAACUUGCACCGGAUGCACUGCUAGUUCGGUUGGACCGUUUGGUGAACGUGUGUGUGGCCAGCUAUGAGGAUCUUACCACCGAUUUACUGCUAGGGAUAGCGAUCGCCAACGCACAACUGAGGACCAUCCUGAAGCAGCAAGCGCUCCAGGAGCCGCAGCGCCAGUUUGUGGAAUCGUUGGCAAAGAAAUGUGAUUUUGUGGAAAGCCGUAUCGAGAGUAUCUUUAGCUUCCCGAGCGGUGCUAAUGCUGUCGUAUCUAAAUUGUUGAUAGAUUCCGAGUUCUGGCAGUCUGAAGGAGAUGGUAAGAUGGUGGCAAUCCCGGAUCAGAUGCGAAAUAGACGAAGCAGACGGCGUCGAAGUGAACUGAUGAUGAAUGAUCCGCAAGCGAUGAUGGAGACCUACCUGGAAGCGAUUGAUGCCGGAGGUCCGAGUGAGCUGCAGUCAGACGAAUGUUUAUCGGAGCUCCUGGUGAACGAGUCGGAAAAUGAGUUCAACACCACGGCCAAUCCCAAAGCUGGACCAACCGCUCGCCGACUCAUCCUUAGCCGUGAGUGUAGUGCCGCGAUGUCACUACGCAAACGGUCCUACGGUUACCAUCUCACGCACAAAUUGCUCUUCUACAUCGUGCUCGGUCGGCAGCGGUUCGCGAAUGUGGAUCGUAGCUUCGUCGCGAACGGACAACGGACCCUGUGCGAGCAGAUACUGCGCGAAUCGGAACUGAUUGCCGGCUUCGACUAUCCGGACCUGUUUCGCGAUCUGUUCAUGGAGCAGGUGUUUCUGUGCGCGUUCAGCGAUGCACCGGACUUUACCAAUCCCGGCUGGUUGGCGGCCAUCGUCAGCUGGCAGAAUGGUGAGGGAUGCUUCAAGUACUACGCGGACGGGGGCGAUGGUGCCGGCGGACCUAAUGCGCUAACCGCACACUGUUCCACACACAUGACCGGUGUGGGAGCGGCACUGUUGGGACUGUUUGCAAGGUUUCAGCUGGUGGGACAGUGAGGACGGUGAGGACCCGAGUCUAUCUAUACGCGCACUAAUCUAGCCCAACAUCGAGCCGUACAUGUGUCUGUGUAUCUAUGAAUGAAUAAACAUGUUUAUCCGAAUCAGA